CGCGGUAACGGCAUCAGCGACGAGCACCUCAACAUGAGCACCUGGAACACCAAGUUCUGGGAGUUCAGCUACGAGCACAUUGGCCUGCACGACAUUCCCGCCGUGCUCGAUUUUGUCCUCACGGAGACGCGGCAAAANUUGGCCCUCAAGCCUGAGUACGCCGAUAAGGUCCAUCCGUUCAUCGGCCUGGCGGCCACCAGUUACAUGGGCAAUGCCAACUCGGUCUACUUUAUCGCCCAUCAGCCCAUUCGCUUCCUCUUGGAAGCACUGCCGAUGCCCUACCUCGGCUCUGAGCCGAUCCUCAACUGGAUCACCCAGCUCUUCUGCCGCCCCGAGUACAACCUCUUUGGAAUACCUCCGGACGGAACGACGGGCAUCUGCAAGGUCGUCUACGACCUGAUGUUCGGCCCCAAUCACAAUCUCAAUCAGACGCACGUGCCCGUCUUUAUGCACUUCCUGCCGAAGCGGUGCUCCAACUGGCAGAUGGCCCACAAUCUGCAGGCCAUCUCCAGCGGGCGGUGGCAGCAGUUUGACUACGACAGUGGUCACAUCAUCAAAACCCGCAACAAAGAGGUGUACGGCAGCGACGAGGCGCCCGACUAUCCCUGGAAGAACAUCAAAAAGAGCCUCAAGGCGGUGAUGAUGUACGGCAACCUCGAUGCGCUGAAUCAGCCCAAAGAUGCAAAGAAGCUAGUUGAUCAGCUAAAAGGGAAUGGCGUCGAUAUAAGCGGCGUCCAGAUUGAGGGCGACUGGAAUCACUGGGACUUCUUCGGCGGCAAAGGGGCGGGCAAGAAGGUCUACGAUAAGGUGAUNGAGGAUGCGGAGAAGCUAGUUGAUCAGCUAAAAGGGAAUGGCGUCGAUAUAAGCGGCGUUCAGAUUGAGGGCGACUGGAAUCACUGGGACUUCUUCGGCGGCAAAGGGGCGGGCAAGAAGGUCUACGAUAAGGUGAUUGACAUUCUGGAUGAAAACAUAGAAAAAUGA